AUGAGCAUGAAGCUGACGCCUGAGAUCGCUGCCGGUAAGAGUUUGGCAAACAAGGAGCGGAAGGAGGAGGCCAUCCGCGAGGAGUGGAUCAAGGUGAUGGAGCUCCGUCUGGUGCAUGACGAGCUGCAAAAAUGCCACCGCGCGGAGGGCGAGAACCACUACCAGGUGUGCGCCCCAAUUGCCAAGGUGUACAAUGACCUCUUGAAGGAGGCCAAGGUAUGUGAUAUCACACUGGCAGAUGUGCUUACAUUCAGGUGA